CGCGUCUCGCUGACAGUUGCGGUGAGAUUGGAAAGGAAGAUAUCGCUUCUUAGCUUUAGAAUCUCGGGCAUAAGUACUGUUUUUACCAGAUCAACAAAUAUAAAGUAGUGGCUUUGGUGUCCUGGGUCGUAGUGGGAUACAAAAACUUUGGGUUAUGAAAGUAGUUAUCGCUAUAAGGUGCAAGCGCGAGUUAAAAAACACACACUAAUUUCGGACCUAACGUUCUCAGUCAUGGAAAUGAGGAAAUUCUCUUUGGUGCAAACCACUUGCAACGAUGAAGAAAACAAAAGCGAGGAAAGGAUUUUCUGCCAGACGUUACGCCGGAAUGGGUGUGGUGGAUGGUGCCGCAAAUUCUUCUGGCAGGGUCAGAUCCCCAACCAGACACAGGUAGAGGAGCUAAAAAAUCUUUCCGAUGACCUUCCACUACACCGGAAGUUGCUGUUGAAAUACCGCCGAUUGAUUGCAUUUGCGAUACCGGCCCUGAUUGUCCACUUCUUGUGGUGGGCUACCUUUAUCAAGUGGAACAUGUGGCACCUCUUUGAGACGGGUUACCCUAUGUCAAUCACCAUGAUUGGAGGGUCGAUCAUUGCAGGAAUGACCAGCGAAGGCGGUGGUUCUGUAGCUUUUCCCGUCAUGACCCUAGUCCUCAACGUGAAUCCAACCAUUGCCCGUGACUUUAGCCUGAUGAUACAAAGCUUUGGAAUGACCUGCGCUGCCUUUAGCAUCAUUUUCAUGCAGAUACAACUUGAGUGGUAUUCUAUCAUAUUCUGCUCGAUAGGUGGCAUAUUCGGCAUGAUAUUUGGCUUCCAUGUUGUUGACGCCGCCAUGACAGGUCCACAAAAGAAGAUGUACUUCGUCAGUAUCUGGUUCGCAUUCGCAUUUGCACUCUUCCUACUCAACUGGAACUACAAGCGCACAACAUUUAAGACAAUUCCCAACAUGAACUGGUGGAGGAUUGAGGUGCUGGUGUGUACGGGUUUCGUUGGCGGGAUUUGUUCAGCUUUCUCUGGCAAUGGACUCGAUGUCAGCAGCUUCUGUGUUCUAACGCUGCUGUUUAGGGUCACAGAAAAAGUGGCAACGCCUACCUCGGUAGUCCUUAUGGCGAUUGGAACUACUUUUGGUUUUUUCUGGAGAGAAGUUAUCAUGGAUAAAGGGCCCGAUAUGUUGGCUUGGGACUACCUGGCCGUUUGUAUUCCUGUCGUUGUACUCGGUGCGCCGUUUGGCGCCGUACUCGGUAGCCAUUUUCACCGCCUGGUUCUCGCCGCUUGGGUCUACGCCUCUGAUUUAGUCGCUCUGUUGGGAGGUUUCAUACUUGUCAAACAGACCCCCAUGCUCGCCGGCGUAUCUGCCGGCUUAAUUAUCGUUGGAUUUGGUUUCUUUAUUGGCAUUACCUUCAUAGGCCGGAAGCUUAAUGAAGGCGUUGCCGAAGAAUCAGAACAACAAGUAGACCAUGUAGACCAAGCAAAGGAGGCGGUCAGUGUUGUGGAGGUUACACCAGAUAACACCGAUUUAUAAGUUUUGAGCAGAUAGAAUUGGCUGAGGGAGAACAAUCUAGUAUAAACCGAGGCAGUAGAUGUUACCUUUUUUGUUACUUGAGAAUUAUUGAAAAUCACCCUCUGUUGGGCCUAGUAUGGGAUGGGCGGGGUCGAAUAUCGAUUAUAUACAUUUUUGCGCUGCAAGUUUAGAGCAUGUCAUAUGAACUGCUUUUGAGUCGGGUACACCGUCUUCCUUUUGCUAGCUAUCGCAUUUCCAAUGGCUGUCUGGUUCUAGAUCGACAAGCUCAUCUCCCUCUUCAAGACUGACGGGCAUUGCCCUCGAAUGGAGGCGUUUCAUACGCUAGACCCCGAAGGUAAACAGCUGUAUAAAAAUAUCUUGAGGAACCUGCAGAACUAAAAAUCCAGAUGGCAGCACCAGUACUAAUCAGGGACUUCCUGGGACUCGGGGACAGUAUGGACACUGAUAAUAAAGCAAGGGUAAAUACCAUUCUAGACUUCCUGUGCACACAAUAGAUCUCAUAAGCACUAUCCUAUCUUAUGGUUACUGGGGGACCGGUUUUUUUAGCACUAUUGUAAACAUACAAAUUAUGUUAUGCACGUUAUUCUUUUUGUGACCUUCCGCUCUUUUGUUAUACGCACACCACGAUGUAAUCGAUUAUUACAUGAA